GGCGACCAAUCGUUGAUGUAUCCUCUACACAAGGAUACCGUCAGCCAUCGGCAACUCUAUGGCAUUGGUGUGGCUUUGCCCGUGGUGAUGAUUGUGGUCAUUGCCCUUAUGGAGAACUUCGUGCUAAAUAGCCGACCGUCUAAGAAAUGCAUUAGGGCAUGGCUGAUGGUGCAUGUCUCGCUGCUGCCCUACCUUUUUGGUUUUGCCGCCGAACGUUUACUCAAAGAAAUUGGCAAAUUUUCGGUGGGCCGCUUAAGGCCAUUUUUUUUUGCGGUUUGUCAGCCACUUCUCGAUGACGAGACCACCUGUGACUGGGAAAUGAAUCAUGGAAUCUAUAUUCAAAACUAUACCUGCCGGGGUUUGCAAAACUCCAAUUCAAGGCUAAUUAACUACGGCAUGCGAACAUCCUUUCCCAGUGGCCACACCAGCCUGACCUGUUACAGCAUGAUCUUUUGCGUGUACUAUUUGCAACGCUUCGGCCGUUCACUGCGCCACUAUCGCACCAACUAUGGGCUAUUCGUGCCGUUGCUGCAAUUCGGCGCCGUACUCUGGGCCUGGUUUGUGGCCAUUAGCCGUGUGACGGACUACAAACAUCACGUGUCAGAUGUUUUGGCUGGCUGCCUGUUGGGCUUAGGUGUUGGUAUUGCGGUUUGCCGCUAUGUACAUGGUCAUCUGAAAGGUGGUCGAACAUUCCUUGAGGCUGUCCAUAUACCGAAGAGAGCACCCACACUGCAGCAAGAUGUACAAGUGGUGGUGCCACAACAGCAACAGCAGACGCCAAUUUUAGGGAGAAUAUCGGGUAGCAGUUCAUAUGCAACGGCAUCAACAUCACUAGCAGUGGAUACAUCGAAUGUAGAUGAAGUUCAUGUUCUGUCACACAUUUAA